AAAUGAGGUGAAGAAAACAAAAUAGUAUUGAAUUCAUUUGAAUACUAAAGUGCACUGCAUCUUGUAGCAGAAGAUCCAAAAUCAUGAGCGGAUUCCGGGGAGCGAGGGAUGGAAGGUCCAGUGGUGAUCGGACUUUUUUGCCCUCACACGGACACCAGUCGACGUCCAUCAAUAAGCAUCGGCACUUCAGACGCCGCCCUAAUAAACAACGUCGGAGGUUAUGUCUCAGACCAAGGCAUUCAAGUGACAACAAACGAGCGGAGCUCGGCACAGGUGGAAUUAGGCGGCAGAGCCACGUACAAAGAUCCGCUGCACUUGUGGGACAAGGCUUCAAAUAACCUGUCUGACUUCUCCACUCAUUUCUCCUUUGUGAUAGAUUCGAGAGGCAGACCAGAUUACGGAGAUGGAAUGACCUUUUUCUUGGCCCCCGUUGGUUCCACCAUCCAGCGUUGGUCCUUAGGCGGUAGCUUAGCUAUUGGAAACAGCGAUAACGCAACGCUGAAUUCAUCUCUGGAGGCUUUCGUCGCGGUGGAGUUCGAUACGUUUCAGAAUUAUUUCGAUCCUCCGGUCCGUUCACAUGUUGGCAUCGAUAUCAACUCCCUGAGAUCAGUCAAAAGCGCAACAUGGGAAAAUAAUGUUAGUCAGGGGGUGCAAAACGAUGCCUGGAUUAGCUACAACGCUACUUCCAUGGAGCUAAGGGUCGAUUUUACAGCUACUUCUAGUAACAUAACGAGACGAGACAACCUCAGCCAUGUGGUUGAUCUCAGAGAUUACCUGCCUGAAUAUGUUACUGUUGGAUUUUCGGCUGCAACGGGGGAUUGGUUCGAGGAACAUACCAUCAAGUCGUGGGCGUUCUCUUCGACUCUGCAGAUUAAAAAUGUUACUUUCGAAAACCCUGGGGUUGUGGUCACAGAUGUUCGAGAGGAGAAGAAGAGUAGUGGAGUAACACUAGUCGUUGGAUUGAGUGUUGGCCUGUCGGUACUAGUUCUUGCAUCGUCUUUUGCAGGCUAUUUCUUGUGGAGGAGGAAGAAGCAGAAGAAGAGGUGUAAGAAGGAAUCGGGAAAUGGAUAUUCCUUCGACCCGCGUAUGGAUAUCGAAUUUCAAAAGGGGAGUGGUCCGAACAAGUUUUCGUACAGCGAAUUGGUUCUCGCCACGAAAGAUUUCGCAGAGGAGGAGAAGCUCGGAGAAGGUGGAUUUGGUGGGGUUUACAGAGGAUUUUUAGCCGAAACAAAUUCCUAUAUUGCAGUAAAAAGGGUGUCGAGUGGAUCCAAACAAGGCCUAAAAGAAUACGCAUCCGAAGUCAAAAUCAUCAGCCAGUUGAGGCACAGAAACUUGGUCCAACUCCUAGGCUGGUGCCACGAGAGAGGCGAGCUCCUCCUCGUUUACGAGCUAAUGCCAAACGGAAGCUUAGAUUCCCAUAUCUUCAAAGGCCAAACGAUACUGCCAUGGGAAGUGAGGUACAAAAUCGCGCAAGGAAUAGCCUCGGCUUUGCUGUACCUGCACGAAGAAUGGGAACAAGCUGUGGUGCAUAGGGAUAUAAAAGCCAGCAAUAUUAUGCUCGACUCGAAUUUCAAUGCUAAGCUCGGAGAUUUCGGAUUAGCAAGACUUGUUGACCACGAAAAGGGGGCCCACUCGACCGUUCUUGCAGGGACUUUAGGGUACAUGGCCCCCGAGUGCAUGGUCACUGGCCGUGCCAGCAAGGAAACCGAUGUGUACAGUUUAGGGAUCGUUUUAUUGGAGAUUGCAUGCGGGAGGAGGCCGAUCGAUCACAGCCGUGGAGGAGAUCGGGUGGUGCUGGUGGAGUGGGUUUGGAGGCUGUACGGUAAUGGGGAGUUACUCGAUGCGGCUGAUCCGAAAUUGGAGAUGGGAUUUGACGAAUGGGAAAUGGAGCGGUUGAUGAUCGUGGGGCUGUGGUGCGUUCAUCCGGAUAGUGGGCAACGGCCCUCGAUAAGACAGGCUGUACAUGUUCUUGAUUUCGAGGCUGAGCUGCCAGCUCUGCCUCCAAUGAUGCCUGUGGCGACGUAUUUUGCUCCUAGAAUGAGUACCAGUGUUCGUGGUGGUUCGAAUUCGAUUUCUGGUGGUGUUGUUAGUGAUUCGACGAGCUGUAAGCACUAUAGUGGUUCGAAUUCGAUUUCGAUUUCGGGUGGUGUUAAUGAUUCUACGAGCUAUGAACACUAUAGUGAUGCUUCGAAUUUAACUGCAUCUUCUGCAAGUUCUACUUCUGCUCUUUUGACCUCGUAGGAGAUUAAAAAAGGUUGCAAGAAUUAUUAUUUGGUUUUAAAGAUUACAUUUGUGGGUUCAAAUUAUUUUUCAAGAAACUGGUUAGUUGUUUUACAGAAAUAUAUCAAGUGAUUUUAAACCAUAUAUAUAUUAUAUAUACCAUAUGCAAUUUGCACUCUAAUCUUCUAUAUAUUA